CCUACAUUUGAUUAAUUGGAAAAAUAACCCAAUUUGCUAUUAAAUCUGUUCUCAGUUGUUAAUACUUUCAAUUUGCAUUGAAAAAAAAUGAUAAAAAUUAUCAAUUUAAACAAUAUUUCAUGGCCUUUACCCAAUUUCAAAUAUUAUAUAUAAGUCUCUCAAUCUUUGAAAUUCUCCAUUUCCUCUUUUCUUUUUUUCUUUUCCUCUCUUCUUUUCUCUUGCUUUUCUUUCAUUUUAAUACACUCUACUCUAUUCUACUACAUUUUACUACAUUUUACUCCACUACUCUUCUCGUCCUUGCCCAACUUAUCCACCUUGCUUUACUUUUCCAAUUUGUCAAAUCAUCAAGACUCUACUUUUCCACUUUAUUGAGGCACUAAUUUUCCCUACUCAAAAUUGGCAGUGGGUUCAUAGUAUCUAAAAUCGUCUCUCUUCUGCUCUCUUAUAUCCCAAAUUUGGAUCUUAUCUCAAUUUCUGCGUUUUGAACUAAAUAAUUUUCCAACAUAGGUUUCAU